AUGUCCCCAGCCACAGCCACAGCACACGCAAAGGUUCCUUUUGUAGGUGGUGGCGCUUUCAAGGAUCGAGAUCUGGCCAAUAGAGCACUUGAAAGCGAGAAAAGGUUGCGAGAGUUGAUGGGCAUGUUGCUUGAAGCCGUGCUAUCAGGUCCUCUCGAAAAAGAAGAAGUAUCGUCAGCACAAGAGUUUGAAGCUGAUGAUGACGAGGAGUGGGAAGAUGUCGAUGAUGACGAUGAUGACAAGGAAGAUUGGGAGGAUGUCCAUGAUGAGGAUGUAUGGGAAGAUAUCGACGAUGAAGAGGAUGACGAAGAGUUGGAGGAUGUUGAGGAUGAGGAUGGUGGGGAGGAUAUCGAUGAUGACGAUGACUUGGAAGACACCGAGAACGCUGAAUCUGCGUUACUAAUGAAGGUGGAGAAUCUACUUGUAAAGUGGUAUCACAAGGACAAUGUAACAGCACUUGUCAAGACCUUGAUCGAAUCUGCUCAGGCGUCGUAUGCCGAGCAGGAGGAGUUUUGCAAGGAUAGGCGCAUAGUUCAGGAGUGGUUCGGAGGUAUAGAUAAGUGA